AUGAAGCUAGGGUUAGGGUUGUGGUUGAGGAUCUCUGUCUCUGGCCAGACUGGCAGCCCUGUGAACGAGGUGUUUGUGUCCCACCUGGAUGCUGAGUUCCCGGAGUUUAAAACACUCAGAGAAAAUCUAAAACAAGAGAGAUCUAGUCUGCGACGAACAAGGAAGACACAUGGAACCUGUGGAGCGGUGGUUUCUAUGAAUUACACUAAGGUCUCCUUGAGCAAACAAGAGGUUGUCCAGGGAAUGUCAGUCAUGACAUGUGGAGUGGUCAUCAGUGCAAUAUCACCUAAUGAAACAGAAGGUCUUGAUUCCCUAACUGUCCAUUUUGACAGUACAAAUCCAAGAUGCUGCACGGAGAUCAGAACCCAAAACAUUAAAAUCAGAAUCCUGGAGGAUAAGACCUUCACUGUCUGUCUGGACAAAGACUGUCGCAGGAAAUACACACAUGUGCAAAGCAUUGAGAUCUCUCCAUGUUUGGAUCCAGGGUAUUGCCUCCAGACAAGUUCCAAGUUCAGUGUGGGAGAGGAGAGGGAGGCGGGGCUGAGCAAAUACAUGUGCAAGAUCCUGCCUCUGCCAAUCAACACCUUCACUGGCAUCAACCACUGAGGGGAUUUGAUUAUUUAACCCGGGCUCUGUCCCAGGCGUGAGCCAGGUGCGUGAGCCUCUGGCCAAAGGCGAAGUAAGCUCAAAACAAAAGUGACAUCGGUUAUGCCUGUGGAGUAAUGAGUAGGAUUCUGUGUUUUGACAUGCGAAAGGGAUUUAUUUUGAUUAAAAAAGUGUUUUAUCUGCCUUCCCAAUGAAAUCUAGUUUGAAAAUUCUAACAUAUAUUUUAUGAAAAGAGCUGUUGUAUGUAUUUUUAAAAUAUUUUUUAUUAUGAUCCCCAUUAGCUGUUGCAAAAGCAGCAGCUACUUUUCCUGGGUUCCACUCAAAACAUGAAACAUGAUAUAAUACAGAAUAUUAAUAGACAAGAACAGCUCAAGCACAGAACUACAUAAAAAAACAUUUUUGAAUACACACGUAGCCUACAUAUCAGUACAUACACGCAAACUAUCUAGGUGAAAUAGGGGGGAGGUGUUGUGCUGUGAGGGGUUACUUUAUCUGCUUUUUUUAAACCAGGUUUGCUGUUUAUUUGAGCAGUAUAAGAUAAUGGCUCAAUAUAAUACUGUACGCUUUCUCAAUUUUGUUCUGGGUUUGGAGACUGUGAAAAGACCCCUGGUGGCAUGUCUGGUGGGGUACGUGUGUGUGUCAGUUGUGUGUAGAUUGACGAUGCAAACAAUUUGGGAUUUUCAACACAAUGUUUCUUAUAAAAAGAAGAAGUGAUGCAGUCGGUCUCUCCUUUAUAUCAGCCCUCUGUGUCACGCCUGCGCCCACUCUUACCCCCUGGCACUCAAAGGUGCCAGGCUCUCCAGCAAAGCACACUCCUGCCAUCAUCAUUACACACACCUGCCUUUCCCCCGUCAUGCGCGUCAGAGAUUUUUGGAUUCACCUGGACUCAAUCACCUCUGUCAUUACCUUCCCUAUAUUUGUCUGGUUCCCCGCUCUGUUCCCUGCUUCUGCAUUAAUUGUUGUUUGUCUUUGUUUACCCGUGUGCUGACACUGUUCCUGAUUAAAUGUUUGACUCCCCGUACCUGCUUCUCAUCUCCAGCAUUGGUCAUUACACUCUGACUACAAUGAUAAGUAAGACGUGCCGUUCUGUUCUGGGCCAUAUGUUUUGACCAUAACAGUUGACAAUCUAAGAUGACGCCAAGUAAUUUAGUCUCCUCAACUUGUUCAAAAGCCACACCAUUCAUUACCAGAGGUUUAGAACUUAGGGAAUGAUUUGUACCAAAUACAAUGCUCUUAGUUUUAAACAACAGUUUAUUACUGGCCACCCAACAGACUGCAGCUCUUUGUUUCAGUGACUUCAUUAGCUGUGGUUGCUGAUGUGUAUAUGGUUGAAUCAUCAGCAUGGACACACAUGCUUUGCUUAAUGCCAGUGGCAGGUCAUUGGUAAAAAAUUGAAAAGAGUGGAGAGCCUAGAGAGCUGCCCUGCGGUACAACACACUUUUACAUAUUUGACAUUAGAGAAGCUUCCAUUAAAGAAACCCCUUUGAGUUAUAUUAGAUAGAUAGCUCUGAAUCCACAAUAUGGCAGAGGUUGAAAAGCCAUAACACAUAUGUUUUUUUUCAACAACAGGUUAUGGUCAAUAAUAUCAAAGGCUGCACUGAAAUCUAGCAGUACAGCUCCCACAAUCUUCUUAUUAAUUUCUUUCAACCAAUCAUCUGUAAUUUGUGUCAGUGCAGUACAUGUUGAGUGCCCUUCUCUAUAAGCAUGCUGCUUGUCUGUUGUUAAUUUGUUUACAGAGAAAUAGCAUUGUAUUUGGUCAAACCCAUUUUCCCCCCAACAGUUUGCUAAGAGCUGGUAGCAAGUUUAUAAGUCUGCUGUUAGAACCAGUAAAGGCCACUUUACCACUCUUGGGUAUCUGAAUGACCUUGGCUUCCCUCCAAGCCUGAGGACAAAGAAUUUCCUCUAGGCUCAGAUUAAAGAGAUGAAAGUGGCUAUAGAGUCAGCUACCAUCCUCAGUAGCUUUCCAUCUAAGUUGUUAUUGCCAGGAGUUUUGUCAUUAUUGAUCGAUAAAAAUUAUUUCCCCACCUCCCCCACACUAACUUUACAAAAUUCAAACUUCCAAUGCUUUUCAUUCAUUAUUUUUUUAUUUUUAUGCAUGAAUAUGAUGGCUCACUGUUCAUUGUUGGCAUUUCCUGCCUAAGUUUGCCCACUUUGCCAAUGAAGUAAUCAUUAAAAUAAUUACCAACA